AAAUUAUUUACGUUGUAGUAUCAAACUUGGUUUUUUUCACCUGAUUAAAAAAAUUGUCACUCAAAGUCAAAAACUUUAUCCCAUCAACUUUGAACAAAAUUCCAUGAGUAGAGCCUACUUUAGUAUAAAAGAAAAAGAAGACUACUAAUAAUUAACCCCAUCUUUGCAAAACUUCAUUUUUGUCACUUUAAAUUUAAUUUAACAAUAAUAAUUCUCCCCGCGAAAUUUCGCCCCAUGAUACUCGUGCUCCUUCACUCCUUCCUGCUAACAUGCGCGGUGGCGCACGCGAUGCUCCUGUACGCCGCCAUCCCCACUCCCGACCCGGCAUACCCUCCGCCGUACGGCCUUGACGAGUCCUGCACCAAAGCCUCCGCCUCCGCCGCCGCGGCCGACGGUCUCGCUUCCGCCGCAAGCCGUGAUGCGCGCGGCGCCGGCCGCAUCAUCGACAUCACCCACCGAUACCACGAGGAUAUGCCGGCGUGGGAGUCCGACGAAGGCGUCGGUCAAUUCCUGUGGCUCUCCCGGAGCAUGAAGAACGGCUCGGUGGCCAACUUCUCGGAGAUGAAGAUGGGAGCCCACACGGGCACGCACGUGGACGCGCCGGGGCACGUGUACGACCACUACUUUCGCUCCGGCUUCGAUGUUGACUCGCUCGACCUCGAAGUCCUCAACGGUAGGGACUCAAUCGGUCGAACUUUUUACGCCCGAAAUUGGGUUUUUCGCUUCAGUUUCCCUAGUGAAGUUGACUUUGAUAUCUUAGCUGCUUUUAUGGCUCCUUGUUCCAAUCUGUGCAUAACUAAAUGAUAUAUGUGUUAUUGAGCUCUUGGGUAGGUUUGACCCUACACACAAUUUGCAGGUCGUCAUCGACCUUUCUUCACCGUUGGAUCAACGGUGUGUGUGUGUGUGUUGAUCAAAGGGUGAAAUUACUCUCUCCCCAUUGAUUUUUUUAUGGUCGUGUUUUGUCUUACUGAACUCUGUCUCAAUUGGUCAAGUGUAGGCUUGUCUUCUUUCUACUCGGUCCAAGCGGUGGAUAGAGACAAAUAGCCAUCUCUUUGGAGGAAUCUUUUGGAUAAGUUUCACUUUAAUUGAAAAUUAGUGUUCUUAAUUGAAUUUCCAUGGUUUAGUAUAUAUCUUUAGUGGGUAGUUGAUGCCUUGUUGCAGCUCUAGUUUUCAUUUCAAAAGCAAGGCCUUCUUUUUAAUAAUCCUAAAUAAUACAGAGAAGUUCCUUAAACUUCCAUCAUAAGAGGGACUAAAUGAGGUCUGUGCAAGUUUUUCUGAUUUGUCUUGUUCUGCAAACGAUUCCCGCACUUUCUUCAUCGUCCAACUAUGCAUACCCUUGUGGGUAUGGUGAUGGGUCGAGUGAUUGUGUUGGUGUUCAUGAAAAUGAAGAAAUCUUUGAUAUUACCCAUAAGUUUACUCCUCAUACGCCGGUGGGUGAUUCUACCGACGGUAUUGGGCAGUUCCUUACACUGUUGAUGAGCAUGAAGAAUGGUUCGGACUACAAUUUCUCGGAGAUGAAAAUACCUGUUCAUUCUGGAACACAUGUGGAUGCGCCUGGUCAUAUGUAUGACAAUUACUAUGAUGAAGGGUGUGAUGUGGAUAGUCUUGACCUCAGAGUUCUCAAUGGUCCUGCAUUACUUGUUGAUGUUCCAAGAGACAAAAAUAUUACAGCCGAAGUUAUGGAGUCCUUAAACAUUCCUAAGGGAGUAAAAAGAGUACUAUUCAGAACACUUAAUACAGACAGGGGACUCAUGUAUAGAAAGGCAUUCGACACCAGUUAUGUGGGCUUCAUGAAAGACGGGGCACAGUGGCUUGUGGACAACACUGACAUCAAACUUGUGGGACUUGACUACUUGUCUGUUGCUGCUUUUGAUGAUUUAAUUCCUUCUCAUCUUGUUUUUCUCAAAAGCAAGAAAAUGAAGUUCGAUGUUCGGGCAUAUGAUAGAAGAGCAUGUUGCUUCAAGACCUUUCCUCUCAAUCAAAUGGGAUGCAAGAUAUCUGACCUCGAGGAUAAUAGGAAUGGUCGUGGGGAGGCGGGGGAUAAGCUGUGUUUGGAGGAUACGCUGAGGUUGGGGGAUAAGGUGUGUUUGGGGGAUAGGAUGAGGUGGGAGGAUAAGGAUAAGCGGGCGGGUGAUAAGGCGGUGGGGGGUGUCCGGAGGGAUUUGGAGGGUAAGAAGGGUAAUUAUGCGGUGGUGGUGGAUAGCUUGUUGUGGGAUAAGGAGCCAAGGAAGGAGGAGGACAUGCCUAUGGAUGAAAAAUAUAACAUGCGUCACGUGAUGUCAAAGGAAGUCAGGUCGAAACGGACAGAAUGA